UAAUUAAAUAUGAAACCCAUUUGCUGACACAUUACCAAUCAAAACACACCAAAACCACACUUAUAAAAAGAAUAAAAAAAUAAAAAACAUUCCAUAAUGCCAAUACAUAAUACGCGACUAGAGAAGCAGGUUAGGGUUCUUCCGGAGCAUAUGUUAGGAAAAGCUGUAAGUCCACCAAGUCUGGUAAAAUCGCCUAGGCCCCAUCAGGAUACUGUCAAGCGAGCAAAAAAAAGAGAAAAGCAAACGGAAAGCGGUUUAACAUCUUGCUUGACAGCCAGUUCGUCCAAUAAGCGGAUUGGUGGAGGUGCCAAUGAUCCAGCCCCGCGUAAUGCUGGAAAGUUGCCUCGUACUGACAGUGAGUGUCAGUUCAAGGCCCCGGGCUUUCAUUUUCUUACCGAACGAGACACAACUCUUAGCACCCAUGAGGUCAAGAUGAGUCCCCGCGUGGUGAUGAAAAAAGAAUUGAAGCACAAGUGCGAUUUCUUUUCCAAAAUUGAGGACUCGCGACCCUUUAAGAAUAAAACCACACAGACGCUUUAUAGGGAAUCCUCUGCGCAGACUUUGGCUUAUUUGCCAGAAAUAUUAGAAACAAAGAACUUCAACAAAUUGGAACUCUUCUCCUUGCCUUCUGUAUUGCCAGGCGCAAAUCGACCUGGCUUGCAUGAGGUCGAGGUCCUAGAGCGAGCCAGAAAGCGAUGGGCCUUCAGUGAUGCCCUGAAGAUACACUUCAAAAGACUGCUAAAAGAGGCCAGGGAAGUAGCUAUAAAAACCGAGUUCAAUGAGAUUUUGGAAGCUUUCGAGUGGGAGCAGUGGGUGCAGCGGGAGGAGGACAUCCAGGAGUGUCAGAUGAUGCGCCUCCAGAUCGUGAUCAAGAUGUUCGAUAAGAGGGAGAAGGAAAUGCACGCCGCCUCAAAGUCCCGGAUUGAAAAGGCCUGCGAACGAAUCGAGGAACGUCGCCUGGCUGGUUUGCGAAAGAACGAGAUCGAAUUCCAGCGGGGAAUGCGUCGCCUGGAGAUCCAACUCUCCAGGACUCCGCGAAGGUGGAAAAAGCAGAUGCCCAUGCAUUCUCUGGGAUCUCCGUGCUCCGAGUUCUACGCUCCGCUUUUAAGAUAUGGCGUCGAUCCGGCACAUCGAAACUAUGUCUCAAAAACCGAGCGCAACGCUUUCGACAUGAGGAUCGACGAACUGGAGAAGAAAGUCAACAUGAAGCAUUUAAAAUGUCCGUUUAGAAAGCUCAAGGAUUGGUCUAAGCCCAAAACAUAUGACCAGGAGUAUGAGAGGAACUUCUGCAAAGAGGACAAUCUACAGAAGCUCUUCGAAAGCUUGAAGUCCCUAAGAACUCAGGCCGCCAGAGAGAAAGAAGACCCAAAAUGUCUCAAAAAGCGACGAAGAAGGGAAUUGGGUAGAGUGGCAUCCCAAAUGGCCCUUACCUACUUGACCGACCUUUACGAUGUUAAGUCCGAGUCCUCUAGCGAGAGUUAUGAAAAAGGAGUAUCCAUUAGUAAGUAUGCCGGUUUUCUCGAAGCUGAGGCGAAUCAGAAUUCAGAGAUUGUGAUGACCAGCUUGAAGAACGAAAGAAAGAGAGAGGGCAUGGAGAACUUGUUGAACAUAUACGAGGGCACCUACAUUGGUUGGGUGAUGCAGUUCCUAUCGGAUGAGAUGACUCGACUCUCGGAGCUGCGUAGGCUUCACUUUUUCGCGAUUAUGGCCCAGAAGGAGCGAUGGCGACGCGAGGCGGCCGAGGCUGGACUCAGACAGAAGGAGAACGACAUGAGAUUGAUGUACGAGGAGUUGUUCCAGAACUGCAAUGUGGUUAACAACGAGAUCUCCAACAAGUAUUUCGCUCAGAUUCUGAGCUCAGAUAUGUACAAUGUGGCCGAUUACUCAGCUGGGGAGACAGUAAGCGAAAUGGCAAAGCAAAUCGAUACGGAUAUAGAGCGAUGGCUUGAGAGCUUCAAGCUGAUCCAGAACCCCCUCACUUACGUUCCCCUACGUCUGAUGCUCAAAGACAUGGUCUCCCCCGACAUGGAUAAGGUACUCCAGCGCUAUGAGAACUCCCUGAUCGUGCAGUACGUGGUGGAGGAUGUGAUUUUCCAAAAAGUGUGGACGGAACUGGACCCAUUUGACAUAGGCAGCACACUAACGAGCGAUCUUAUUGAUCGCCUUAUCGACAACGAUUUGUAUCUCAUGUCCACGGACAGCGAAAGUGAAAUCCCUCAGAAGGCCUCCUGGCGGGAGGCCAAUGCCAUAAUUAGAAAGCUCAUUCGACGGGCAGUUCCCGGGAGACGUUGGCUUGAAGAAAACGAACGAAUCGUAGCCGAAAACUAUAACGAUCUGUUUGACGACUUAUUUGUACAAAUUCUACAAAAGAUGGAAAAUCCUCCACCCGUUAAAUCCGCCGACCUUAUCGAUCUUCGGAUGACUCCUUCUCAGGGUGACAUUCAUAGCACGGACAAUAUUCGCGAAAAGGAAAAUAUUAAUGCCGCAAACAUUUCCCUGAAAGGAUCUGACUUUAUGGGACGGCAAACGUUGACCCUAAUUAAAAAAUUGAAAGACGACCACAUCACAGGAGCAUUAGUAAAUGUCGAUAAACCCCUGGGGGACGAUCCGCCAUCUGGCAGCGACCAGUUUAUAAAGUCUGAAAUGAUUACUCCCAUAAGCAACCUAACAGUGAAACCAAGUGAUGUGUUCAGUCUAAGAAGCACUUUGGAUCUUUCGCAAGCCUCAAAUUUAGCAUCCCUUAUAGGCAGAGGCUAUAGGGUAAUGCUGCCCAGUGAGGUAGAAAGAAAUGCUUCUACUGAGAUAGUAAAACUUCUGGUAAAAGAGAGCGAUGAAGAACAAAUAUUUGAAACUGAAGGAGACAUUGUUGAACAUGAAGGUUUGAAAGAUAUGAAAAUGAAGGCAAAGGAAGAAGAUCGUGGUAUUAAUUCUCCCAAAGUAUCAUUUCAUGAAAUCCACGUUCCAGUAAUCCCAGCAAAGGAAAUGAGCUCGGAAGUGUAUCAUACACCUAAGUUUCUUGAUAAUAGAGAAGACAUAAAAGAAGACGCAAAAGGUAAACCAAAACCUUUGGAAAUAACUUCAUUAGAAUUGGAUCUCGAAACCCACUCAUCUCACGAUAAUUUGGUACCUAUAGGCUCAACCCCCAAGGAAAUAAUGCCCGUCCCUCACCCAAUACCCAGGGAGCUGACACCCACCUCAUCAGGUUCCAACGAUAUAAAACCAACUCCCAGGGAAUUAGUAACUCCGACGGAAGCAGAUCCAGAGCCAGAAAGCAAACCCGAAGCCGAGCCAAAGCUAAGGACCCAAUCGGAGCCCAAAGAAGAGCCACAAACCAAAGCCAAAGAGGAACCCAAAACCGAACCAGAGUUCAAGAGCGAACCUACUGAUUCUGCCAUGGUCGAAGAAUCCGACUCCUUUAUUCCACCCGUUCGAUCUUCGGGGGUAAAAAAUUUAAAUCCAACGGCGGCUCUGUUAAAGUCUGAUUCAACUAAAAUCAAAGGAAAAGCUGUACCUAUUAAAAAGGAUAAGUCAAAGGCACAAGUACAGGAAAGUGAAGUAAUUGAAGACAACGAGGAAAGGAGGCAUCGAGGCUCCUUGGGAUCCCACUUUAAUCCUAUUGACGCAGUGAUUCCCAUUGAAACCAGUGAUGAUCAUUUGCCCGUGACAGCAGAAUUAAGUAGGUCGUUUUUAGAUCCCGAAAACCUCAAUUAACAAUUACAUGGAUAAAGUGAAAUUAUACAACGAUUAAAAAUAAAACUAAAUGAUAAAACGUA